GAUUGCCAGAUGUCACACGAACAGUUUUUAUAUAAAGCAGAGUAAAUUCAUUUGAUGGUUUCUCCACACAGAAGGCGCCGUUCUAGAUCUCGAGACAAACGUCCUGGUUCUAGGGAUCAAUUUAAAAGAAGUCGUAGAAGUUCAUCCAGAGAUAAAAAACGAUCACCAUCCAAAUCUUUAAAAAGUACUAAAAGGCAUAAACAUCAUAAGGAUAGAGACAAUAAUAAAUCUUUAAGAAACCGAGGAGAUAAAGUUACAGAGCCUACAAUAUAUUACAAUCAAAAAAGUGAUAAAAAAUCACCUAAAAAUAUUGUGCCUCCCUUGCCAAAUGCAGAUAUACUUGAUGCAAAAACUUUAGCUGAGCAAGAAGAAAUGAAAAAAUUAUUGGGGUUUGCAUCUUUUGAUACAAGCAAAGGAAAACACGUUGAAGGCAAUGUCGAAUUUGGAGAAUGUUCAAAUAUUAUCAAAAAACGGAAAUAUCGACAAUAUAUGAAUAGAAAAGGUGGAUUCAAUCGGCCGUUGGAUUAUGUUGUGUGAGAGAUCUCAGCCCAUUUUGUUUUCUUGUUAAUUAUUUAUAGUUUAAAUUUUGUUAAAUUGAUAUUACAAAAUUUUGUAUUCAUUUGAUUUGUUGAAUCAUUUUAUAGUGUAACUUGAUUGUAAUGUUAUUGUAAUAUCAAAAUAAUUGUACAGAAUCACAAAUAUGCUAAUUAUCAAAUUCAAAUUAUAUUUACAUUUUUUUAAUUUUUGAAAUUUCUCAAAGGAAUUGAUCGAAUAUCAAAAAUAAUUUUGGAAAACAAUAAAUAAAAGGUUUGUUAGGAACAUUUAGCAAUCUAUAAUUAUCAAUAUGAGAGCUAUCACACUUUUUAUUUUAAUUGUUUUACAAUAUGGAAAGGGCUACCAUACAUGUUGCAGAUGAUCUUUCACUUGAUCAGUUUUUAAAGUGAAUAGAAAGUUCACACUUGAAAUAGAUUUAUAGUAUUGUAAAGAACGUU